AUGGCAAAAACACUUAGCGAUGCCUUCCCUGACACGGAUGGUGCCAUCUGUCAGUCCUUCUUCCAAAGCACUGAUUUUGGUGAAAAGACGUGGCAAGAGGUUGGUCUCUACGCUCAAUGCGACGAACGUACGUUUUGGACGGUGGUUGCCAAUCACAAAAAUGUGGCGAUUGUCCUGAAACAGUUAGUCGAUGCGGUUAACACUGCCCACAGCUCUGCCUUCUCCAGAAAGCUUCAACCCACUGAUGAGAAUAGCGUUGUUACAAUAUUUGUUCGAGUUGCCAGCACCACAUCCACCGUGCUUGCGGCUGGCGCAAGUAUCUCGAGUCUGGCGAAUCGUUUGACCGAAAUCAUUGCCCCGUCGUUACUGGUGUCCGUCUCUGUGAUGCUAUUACGCCACUCGGGGACGAUAGCAUCUGCAGCAGUCACUGGACUUAUCCUCCUCAACCCCGCGUACCUCUGUGCAAUGCCAUCUAUCAUAAACUCAUGGUGUGAUGCCACAUCUUCUUUGGCCGCACAGUGCUGUAGGGACCUGUCAAGGGGAAGGCACCAAAGGCUUGCUGGUGAUGUUGUCCCUUUUUUCGAGAACGCUUACCGCCACAUGAAGCAACUCUGGUCUCUUAUGCACUGUGCACCGUUUCUUGCGGAAUAUGUGCCACUGUCUCGUGCGCUCAGCUGCCUUCGCGUUGUUGUGGAUCUCAUCUCACCAGCACUUCAGCAUUUUGUCCUCACAUGUGACGCAUUGGUGAAUCACCGUGGACAACUUUCAAAGGCUAACUCUGUAAUCGUAAAUGCUGCCGUAAAUACUGCAUCUAUACUUGUUCUCUUCCGUACAUACCGGCUGGCAUAUGGCGAGGGACGAUCUUAUUGCGUGGAUCACGUUGUGGAGUCCACAUAUGAGUCUAUCACCGGUUACAUUACAAAAAAAGUUUCGGGUGCACCCGCGCUCCUGCUUUCAAACCCCACGUGGCCGUUAACUUCGGUGCUGCAUGAGCUGGUUUUACCCCGCCAUGAGGACAGAGACUUUCGGUUGGGGAAGUUGUUUGGUUUGUUGAAUGAGUCCGUUCAGGAUAGUAAAGACUUUGCCGAUGGGUUCGCGGGGUGUCGCCCUCGGUUCUUUGAAAUACUUUUAUUGGAGUUAGUCCACCAGUCGUUUCACAUUGAUUCGCUUUUGGAGAAACAUUUGGUUACUGCUACGGAGGCUGAAGAAUGGGGAGCAUCCGAGCGCACCAUAACACAAGCAAUUGCGGGUAUUGUUGAUAAAAGCAAAGGGAGCUGUGCCAGCCCGCCCGGCGAUUGUGGUGAUAUUGUCAACCCACCCAUUCCUCCACAUCGGCACGGUACGUCAAGCAACCCGCUAGUAAAUAUUGUCCUGGAUGUUAUGCCACACUUCAACGUUAAGGGUAUUGAGGCGGCUUUAAGUUACUACAAUAAUGAUGUUGAACACUUUAUACUUGAUGCUUCAAUGGAAUAUAUUGUGCCUCACAUUUUUGAGCAGUUGAUGGAGCCGGAACCCUCCUUAAUUGCGGAGAUGUUACGCGACGAAGAUGAUGAUACAAUGCGUGGAACUGAGGUGCCUCCGGCACAGCAGCACGUCAUUACUUCUGAAGACUAUGAUAAUGAACUUGAAGGUGUUGACAUAAACUUAUUAAUUGGAUGCGACUUGUAUGAAGCUAUCAAUGGUUCCGCUGAGCAAAUUAGCUGCAACGACUUCUCCGAAGAAUUUCAGUACUCUACGCUGCAUUCAGGGGACCAUGGGCACCACAAUGUGGGUGGAACGUUUGAGGUCGAUGAAGUGCUCAAGGAGAAGAUUCGCAUGUUGACAGAGAUGAUGUACGAAGAUGAGUAUGACGAUACACAGGAUGGCACGGAGGUUCGUGGACUCGGGAAGCAGUUCAACACAGAUGACGUAGAGUCGCUGUCGUCAGGCGAGGAAAGAAAUGAAAACUAUGAGGUGACUCAUGGAAAUGAAGGCGUGGCCACCGAGGAUGCAUCUGCGGCCCCAACAAGUAGUGAUGGCUUUGCAGCUAUGCCUUCCAAUACUGCCACACAUCGUCCACGGACACUUUACGACGAGAAGCGGUUUCAUAUGGAUCGAACUAAGCAGCACGACGCACGAGUUAAAGCUGUUAGGGAGGCCAAACAAAACACCCCUUCUUAUACCAAGAAGAAAAAGACGAUGCAAAGGAAGCCGAGGGACAGCGGAGCACUUACCCGUGCUGCGAGGAAAGGCAGAUUGGAAUGA